UUAGUCUUAUACUUAGUGGCUUUCACUGGUAAUAAUCUCAUUAUCACCUCAACUUCCACAGGUCACAGUCUCUAAUCACCUAUGUAUUUCUUCCAACAUCUCUCCUCGUUGGACCUAUGUUAUAUUUCUGUGACUGUACCAAGGUCCAUUUGCAACUCGUUCAUGCAUGGUGGCGAUAUUUCCCUCUGGGCAUGCAUAUUUCAGUGUUUUGCUUUCACUCUCUGUGGUUCUGCUGAGAUGGCCAUGCUCACAGUGAUGUCUUAUGAUCGCUAUGUGGCCAUCUGCCACACACUGUGCUAUGAAAUCAUCAUGACAGUCAACACCCGUGUUCAUGGAAUCUCAGCCGUCUGGAUCAGCGGGGUCAUCUCUGGACUUAUGCAUACAUCUGCUACUUUCUCCAGCCAUGUCUGCGGUGCCAACGUCAUUCACCAGUUCUUCUGUGAUGUCCCCCAUCACAGGCUCUUAAAAUUUGCUUGUUCUAAUGAGUAUGUCAGUGAGCUUGGGGUUACUGGCUUCCUGUCCUUGGUGGCCUUUCUUUGCUUCAUCUCCACUGGAUUCUCCUACACACACAUAUUCUCUACUGUGUUGAGGAUCCCAUCUGCUGAGGGCAGAGCCAAGGCCUUUUCCACCCACCGCCCUCACCUAGCUGUUGUCAUAUUGUUUAUCUGUACUGGUGUCUUUGAGUUUCGAAAGCCACAUUCUGACUCUCCAACUGCAUUAGACUUUUUGCUUACUAGUUUUUAUACUGUUCUGCCUCCAGCACUUAAUCUGAUGAUCUAUAGCCUGAGAAACAAAGCCGUGAAGGCAGCUCUAAAAAAGGUUUUUGAAAGAAGAAAAGCCUACGUCUUUUGCUGA